AUGGGGAACGAGAAGGAGACCUGUGAUGGUUCGGACGCUGCGGCUGAUCUCCGCUUAAUCCCGGAGUUUGACGGUGUGUCGCAGCCCGUGUGCGAGUGGCUGGACAAGGUCGAACUUGUGUGUCAGCUGCGCGGCAUCAAGGGACUGCACGUCGUCGUCCCGCUGAGACUCACUGGUGGUGCGUUCGCGGUAUAUCAACAGCUCGGAGAAGAUGAGAAGAAGAAGUACGAGGACAUCAAAAGGGCCCUGACAUCGGCGUUUGCUUCGGAUCGGUUUGAAGCCUACGACCAAUUUGAACGUAGAAGGCUGCGUCCAGGUGAGACGGUGGACGUGUUCGUCUCUGAGCUGCGCCGGCUGGCUGGCUUGUUCGGAGGUAUGCCGGACGACAGCCUGGCCUGUGCCUUCGUGGCCAAACUGCCAGAUUCAGCACGCCCGACAGACGGCUGGGAUGACGAGAUCACCGACCCAGAACUCAAGAAAAUGGUCAUGGAAACGCUGCAGCGCGUGAAAACGGCCGAUCCCGCACGAGGUCGCUGGGAUGUCACCGGCGAUGAGGGAGUCGUGUGGGUGGAUGCCAGCUCCCUCGCCAUAGGAGCCGUGCUGGAGAUGGAAGGCACCAUCGUUGAGGACGCCUGCUGGCUUCGGAAAAAUCCCGAGACACACGUGAACCUUGCAGAACUGGACUCCGUUGUGCGUGGCAUCAAUCUGUCCCUGGCAUGGAACCUGAAGAAAGUGACUGUCGUGACGGACUCGAAAACGGUCUAUCACUGGCUAACAGAUGCGCUCUCCGGCAGAGCUCGGAUAAAGACGAAGGCGGCGAGUGAAAUGCUGAUUAGAAGGCGCCUGGAGACCGUGAAGAGUCUGAGAGAUGAGUACGGCCUCCAGCUGACCGUGAAGUGCGUUCCGUCAGUGGACAACAGGGCUGACGCACUGACGAGAGUGCCGAAGAAGUGGCUCAACCAACAAAGCGAUCCGGAGGUCUGCGGCGCUGCCUUCUCGGCGCCGGAUGUGGUCAGGAUCCAUGAAACAAGCGGACACCCAGGCAUCGGGAGAACGCUGCGCCUGUGUAGGGAGCACGACCCGGCUGUGAGCAGGCACCAGGUGCGCAGUGUCGUUAGCCAGUGCGAAAGGUGCCAGUCCAUCGAUCCAGCGCCCCAGCGGUGGACACAUGGUUCGCUGAGCGUGACUAAAUGCUGGGACAGGAUCAGCAUGGACGUCUGUCACGUAAGCGAUCAGCUGUACCUGACUCUGAUUGACUGCGGUCCGUCUCGGUACGCGAUCUGGCGGCGGAUAAAGCGACAGGACACCGACAGCAUCAUCACCGCUCUGGAGUCGGUAUUCCUGGAGCGCGGCGCUCCGAGGGAGCUGCUGACGAACAACUUCACCUCAUUCCGCAGUGCCGUAUUCCACGAGUUCGUCAGCCGGUGGGGUAUCAGCGUCCGGUACCGAGCUGCCCAUGCGCCGUUCGGCAAUGGUGUCUCUGAGAGAAACCAUAGGUCGGUCAAAACAAUCGUAGCGCGCAAAGGCUGCUCAGUGGCGGAAGCAGUCUACCGCUAUAAUGUGAUGCCGCGCAGUGAUGACCUGAACUCCAGUCCUGCCAACGUACUGUUCAACUACAAACUGAGAGUGCCGGACGUGGAGAGUGAGGAAAAGUGCGAAGAGAGUGAGUGUGCUAUGUUCAAUGAGGUGGAGCGUCCCGGCCAAGGCGGCCAGAAGACGGCGCAGCCCAGGCAGCUGGCCAAUCAGUAG